GGUGCUGCGCCUACGAGCUGCCGGUUCUACAAAGAGUUGGAUGCGAUACUCGGUGGCAACCCCACCUCCACUGCGAAGGCCACUGUGGAUACUUCAGUGGUUCACGUGCUGGUUGAGAGUGAACUAAGCCAGGAGGAGGAAAUCUUGGACGAGGAUGUGGAGGGGGACCCAGUGGCAGAGGAUGAUUCAGAGGUCAGAGGUGCAGGCAGCCAGGAGCUCUUCUCUACCCCAGAGGAGGCUAGUCAGUCACAGCUGUCGGAUCUUGGCGAAGCACAAACAGGAGAGGAGGCCCCUGAUGAGACCGUGGGAGCCCAGCCUCCCUCUUUGUUAGCGCCGGCUGAACGGCAGCGCAGAAUUAGGAAGUGGCCACGAAAAACUAAAGAGGACUUUCUGCGUGAUGUCAUGAUGCACUCCGUGGCUGAAAAACAGGAAUUGAAGGAGUGGCAGGACAGCGAGAAGAGGGACCGAAAGGAGAACGUGGCGUGCCAGAACGAAACCACGGAGCAGCUCUUAAACGUUAUGGAGUGCCAAGCGGACACACUCCAGGCGCUAUUAGCACUGCAAACCGAGCAGCUCCGCGCCCACCCACCACUGCAGCCGCUAUCGCAAAUCUCUUUCCCAUGCGCCCCCCAGAUACCGCCAACACACUCUUAUCAACCUCCUGGCUCCAGUCUGUACCCGCUGCAUUCCACUCCUGCCCCGUCACAGUCCAGCCCUGCGGACUCCCAGUACCCACUGCACUCAACACCCAUCCCUCUGCAGUUUAGCCCUGCUGAAGUACAGUACCCGCUGCACUAUACUCCAAAGGACAAGGUUGCAUAUCUUUAACUGUCCCGGGACCCCACCUCCUCAUGGGACCCUCCCUUCCCCCAUCCCCCACAGCGCUGAUGUGCUUUUUUGUUUGUCUCUCUCCUCUGGUUGUUGUUCUUAAUAAAAUAAUUAUUUUG